AUGGAGAGAGCCAUGGAGCAGCUCAACCGUCUCACCAGGUCCCUGCGCCGCGCCCGCACCGUGGAACUGCCCGAGGAUAAUGAAACUGCUGUCUACACACUAAUGCCAAUGGUUAUGGCUGACCAGCACAGGUCUGUUUCAGAGCUACUGUCAAAUUCAAAAUUUGAUGUGAAUUAUGCAUUUGGACGUGUGAAGAGGAGCUUGCUUCAUAUUGCGGCAAACUGUGGAUCAGUUGAAUGUCUAGUUCUGCUGUUAAAAAAGGGAGCAAAUCCUAACUACCAAGAUAUUUCGGGAUGUACACCCCUUCAUUUGGCAGCUAGAAAUGGACAGAAGAAAUGUAUGAGCAAGCUCUUAGAAUAUAGUGCAGAUGUCAACAUUUGUAAUAAUGAAGGUCUGACUGCAAUUCACUGGCUUGCUGUCAACGGGCGAACAGAACUACUUCACGAUCUUGUACAGCAUGUCAAUAACGUAGAUGUUGAAGAUGCAAUGGGACAGACAGCACUACACGUGGCUUGCCAAAAUGGUCACAAGACAACAGUGCAGUGUUUAUUAGACAGUGGUGCAGAUAUUAACAGGCCAAACGUGUCAGGAGCAACUCCACUCUAUUUUGCUUGCAGCCAUGGUCAAAGAGACACCGCACAAAUCCUUUUGAUGAGAGGAGCCAAAUACUUACCAGACAAAAAUGGAGUUACACCACUGGAUCUCUGUGUGCAGGGUGGGUAUGGAGAGACUUGUGAAAUUUUAAUACAACAUCAUCCUAGACUCUUCCAGGCAAUUAUUCAAAUGACACAGAAUGAAGAGCUACGGGAAAACAUGUUGCGGCAAGUUCUAGAACACUUGUCCCAGCAGAGUGAAAGCCAGUACCUUAAGAUCCUAACAAGCCUUGCUGAAGUUGCUACAACAAAUGGUCACAAACUACUGAGCUUGUCAAGUAACUAUGAAGCUCAAAUGAAGAGUCUCUUAAGGAUCGUGAGGAUAUUUUGUCAUGUCUUUCGCAUUGGCCCAUCCUCUCCCAAUAAUGGAAAUGACAUGGGCUACAAUGGAAAUAAAACUCCAAGAAGUCAGGUGUUCAAGCCGCUGGAAUUACUCUGGCACUCAUUAGAUGAAUGGCUAGUUCUAAUAGCUACAGAAUUGAUGAAAAACAAGAGAGACUCUGCCAACAUUACAUCCAUUUUACUAAAGCAGAAAGGGCCAAAUCAGUCUGCCUUUGACGCUGCAGGAACUGAGAGCAGAGAAAAGCUAUCUACUGACACAGGGGAUUCUAAAGCGUAUGAUGUUGCCAGGAAGCAGGAAGCUUGUGCAGAUUGCCAGGAUGUUAUCUCAGUGACAGCAAACAGGUUGAGUGCUGUCAUUCAAGCGUUUUAUAUGUGCUGCUCCUGUCAGAUGCCUCAAGGGAUGACGUCACCUCGUUUUAUAGAAUUUGUCUGCAAACAUGACAAUGUUCUUAAGUGCUUUGUUAACCGAAACCCCAAAAUAAUUUUUGACCACUUUCAUUUUCUUCUUGAGUGCCCUGAACUGAUGUCGAGAUUCAUGCACAUCAUAAAAGCACAGCCCUUUAAAGAUCGUUGUGAGUGGUUCUAUGAACAUUUGCACUCUGGACAACCGGAUUCAGACAUGGUGCACAGACCAGUCAAUGAAAAUGAUAUCCUGUUGGUUCACAGAGAUUCUAUUUUUAGGAGUAGCUGUGAAGUUGUGUCUAAAGCAAAUUCAGCAAAGCUGAAGCAGGGGAUUGCGGUGCGAUUCCAUGGCGAAGAAGGCAUGGGGCAAGGUGUGGUACGUGAAUGGUUUGAUAUCUUAUCCAAUGAAAUAGUUAACCCAGAUUAUGCACUCUUCACCCAGUCAGCUGAUGGAACAACCUUCCAGCCAAACAGCAACUCUUCUGUAAAUCCUGAUCACUUGAACUACUUUCGAUUUGCUGGACAGAUCUUGGGUUUAGCUCUGAAUCACAGGCAGCUGGUCAACAUUUACUUCACAAGGUCAUUCUACAAGCAUAUUCUUGGUAUUCCUGUAAAUUAUCAGGAUGUGGCAUCUAUUGAUCCAGAGUAUGCAAAGAACUUGCAGUGGAUUUUAGAUAAUGAUAUCAGUGAUCUUGGGCUGGAACUGACCUUCUCUGUCGAGACUGAUGUGUUUGGAGCAAUGGAAGAAGUGCCUUUGAAACCAGGGGGUGCAAGUAUUCUUGUUACACAAGACAACAAAGCUGAGUAUGUCCAACUUGUUACUGAACUUCGAAUGACAAGAGCCAUUCAGCCUCAGAUAAAUGCUUUUUUGCAAGGAUUUCAUAUGUUCAUACCACCUUCUCUUAUACAGCUUUUUGAUGAAUAUGAACUGGAGCUGUUGCUGUCUGGUAUGCCAGAAAUUGAUGUGAGUGAUUGGAUAAAAAAUACAGAAUACACAAGUGGCUAUGAAAGAGAAGACCCUGUUAUUCAGUGGUUCUGGGAUGUUGUAGAAGAACUAACUCAGGAAGAGCGAGUGUUACUAUUACAAUUUGUUACUGGCAGUUCCAGGGUUCCUCAUGGUGGCUUUGCCCAUAUAAUGGGUGGCAGUGGAUUGCAGAAUUUCACAAUUGCAGCUGUGCCAUACACUCGAAAUUUGCUACCAACAUCAAGUACAUGUAUCAACAUGCUCAAGUUACCUGAAUACCCAAGCAAAGAAAUCCUUAAGAACAGGCUUCUUGUAGCAUUACACUGUGGAAGCUAUGGUUACACAAUGGCAUAA